UGGGGAGGCAGAUCCUCCCCAAACCACCCGUUAAUUGCACAGAUAACCUAAUUCAUUCCAGAAAUAGAAAUGAACAGUAACACUAACCAUUAACUCGGUUAUUUUUAGACUUACAAUUUAUGGAUGAAUGUGAAGAUAAGAAUAGAGGUGACAACAGCCAGUCUACUCAGGGAAAAAAUCCCUUUUAAAAUAAGGAUGGGAAUUCAUCAGAUCUGAGCUCCUCCCUUGACGGGUUCUGAUUGGCUGAUCCACAGCCUGACAGCUAGAUCAGUCAGUCUGCUGGACGAUACUGACUCUAGUGAAGUGAGUUCAUCUCGAGCGGACUGCGUCUCUACUAUGCAUUGUACAAACUGAUGGAAAGUCGAUAAACGAGUACAAUAUUGUACGUUCAGACAAUUUAUUAUAAACGCAUUCAGAACUUCCAGCUCAACUCAACAUGUAAAGCGCGCGGGUAUCCAGACGUACCCGACAGACUGGUGCUGUUUAACUGUUAUCAACAUGAUUCCGCCAGCGAACAUGAUUCAGGAGGACACGAUGGGCAAGGAGAACGAACGGGAGCACCGUGAGCCUCAGUCCCCCUCAUACAUCAGCCAGCAGGAGUCAAAGCUGCAGAGGCUAAAACGUUCACUGUCUUUCAAGACCAAGAGUCUUCGCAGCAAAAGCGCUGAUAAUUUUUUCCAACGGCCGAUCGAGGAUGUGAAAUUUCAAACCGAACUGCUCUCGGAUGUCAGCAGCAGCACAGGUCAUCUGAGUACCAUCGGCGUGUCCGUCUCGGCCUCCCCAGCGAUGUCCCUUCCUCCACCACCCCCUCCGCUGCCCACCGUCAUCCCGGGCAACCUGCCCAUCACAAUCUGUUCUCCAUCCCGUGCCCCCCGCCAGAUGGACCCCAACGCACACACCUUUCUAGAGCACAUCUUCAAGAAACCCCACUUCUGUGACAUCUGCAACCACAUGAUUGUAGCUUGCCAAGGGGGAGCAGGCAAGGUGUUCGGCACCAAUGCUAAGCUGGGCCUCCGGUGCAAAGCCUGCAAGAUGGGCAUCCACCACAAGUGCCUGGAUGGAGUUGGACAGCAGAGAUGCAUGGGAAAAUUGCCCAAAGGUUUUCGAAGAUAUUCUAGCUCCCCUCUGCUGAUUCAGGAACAGUUUGGCUGCAUUAGGGAGGUUAUGCCUAUUGCCUGUGGCAGUAAAGUUGACCCGGUGUAUGAGACUCUGAGGUUUGGAACCUCUCUGGCUCAAAAGACCAAGCGGGCCAGUGGAUCGGAGUCACCACAGAGAAACUCUACCAGUGACGUGGCUCAGGUACCAGAAGAAAAGGCGGCCCACAGCAGUCGAGCUCAACUCACCAGGAAACCCAGUGACAACGUUUUUACACCCUUGGAGAAUGGAACAGAACAUUUUCAUAUUGCUGAAAGGAAAUCAGAAGAAUCAUCUUCAAACAGAGAGCUGAAGAGGGACCCCCUGCUGCUCAAUACUUACGUGGCUUUGUUCGGAUUCACCCCCCAAGACAACCAAGACCUGGAAAUGAGACCCGGAGAUCGAAUAAUCCUGGCAGAUGAUUCUAAUGAUGACUGGUGGAAGGGUGUGAUUGAAGAUAGAAUAGGUUUUUUCCCGGCAUCCUUUGCGCAUCAGGUGAGGGCAGGCGACAGGGUGUUCAGAUGUCACCGAACCUUUAUUGGCUGUAAGGAACAAGGGCAGAUCACUCUGAAAGAGGGACAAAUUUGUGUCAGCAGUGAGGAUGAACAUAAUGGCUUCAUCAGAGUAGCCAGUGGAAAAAAGAGAGGAUUCGUUCCCUGUGAUGUCCUGGAGAAUAUAUGAAAUGAAAGAACGGAGAAAAGAAAUGGUGUGGUUUAAGAAAAAGAGACAUUCCAGGGCGAUGACUCCAGCACUGCCUCCUGCCACCUGUAGGGUGAGCAGACACUGCAGGGCUCUCAGGAGGGAUCAGAACAGCCCUGUUCUAACCCCUGUCUCCCUCAGUGACAAAGGAAGAAUGUACACUGACUCCAAAGAGUAUUUGGACACCUAAGUUGCACCGAAAAAUGCAAACAUUUCAUUAACUAACAAAACCAUCAAAUUAUCUGCAAACAAAUGAUGCCAUGCUUUUCUCAGAACUUAUUUCACUUUUCUAACCCAUGUUUUUAUCCAACUACUGUCAAGGUUGACAACUAGAAAGUGUCUUUGUUUUUAACAGUAUAUGUAUUAUAUCAUUUCAAACCGAAAACUAUAUUUCUUUAAAUGCCACUUGGAUUCAUAUUUUGAAAUCUAAUGCAAUCCAUUCUUCAAGUUGAGCUUAAUUGUCCAAAUACUUUUUUGGGGCCAUUGCAUGCUUGUUUCAUGAAAGGGAUAGUUCACCAAAAAUGAAAAUUAUCCCAUGAUUUACUCACCCUCAAGCCAUCCUUGGUGUAUAUGACUUUCUUCUUUCAGAUGAACACAAACGGAGAUAUAUUUAAAAAUAUCCUGGAUCUUCCAAACUUUAUAGUGAUUACGGUUUAUAAAGUUUUAAUUAUGAAUUUUUUUCUUCCAAAAACGAAUCGCUUUGCUUCAGAAGGCCUUUAAUAAACCCUGGAGCUUUUUUGAUGGAUUUCUUUUAUAAUGGAUGAAUGCGCUUUUUUGGGCUUAAAAAAAAUGGCACCAUUCACUCCCAUUUAAAGCUUGGAAGAGCCAGGAUAUUUUUUAAUGUAACUCCGAUUGUGUUUGGCUUAAAGAAGAAAGUCAUAUACACCUAGGAAGGCUUGAAGGUGAGUAAAUUAUGGGAUCAUUUUUGGGUGAACUAUCCCUUUAACUGCUAAAUGUUUGUCAUGUUUUUUUUCUGAUCUGAGAGAAUUUUGUUUUCUGUAUUUAAUUUAUUGAAUGUUAGUGUAAGGGGUCACCAACUGCAGCAGUUUUAACUAUCAACUAUUCACUAUAGCAUCAAAACUCACUUCACACUGUUUUGAAAUCUUAAUUGUUAAGACAACAUAUUUAAAAAUUUUCUUCAGAUUUUUCAUAAAAUCCAGUACAUGUCUGUUGCUAUGUAAUGUUUUUUUUUCUUUCUUUUUUUUUUUUUCAAUAAAUGUGCAGGUAUUUAUUAUUUCAUUUAUUUUUUAUUAUUAUUUUUUUUUAUUUUAUAUUUUAUUUUGUUUUAGUAACACUUCAGAAUUUGACAAUUUAUUUUUAUUUAACUUACUUUCAAAUCAUUAUUUUUCACUCAUGCUUCUGAGGACAGAGCAGGAAAGAACAGAUCUCAGCUGUGUCAGGAGUGUUUUCAGAUGUUACUUCUAAUACAAAGCAGAAAUAACACAUUCUUUGAUCAAACACCCCCUGGACUGUGAUAAAACCAUGUGGACAAAGGUUUCAGCCAACAAAUCUUGACAUGUUUUAAUGUCCUAGUGUGUUCAGCUGUCUCGAUUUCUCAAACAUUUGAUAUGUGCUAACAUGUCAUACCGAUUAUCUUUUAUUAUUAAGUAAACACAAGGCAUUAUAGGAAAAGAACAUUUUGAUGUUCGAAUUUUGAAUAUUAAAAGCUAAAUGAAGCAGAAAUAUGUAUUUGCUGCACCAUCACAGCAGGUAUGAAUGAAGAUGAUUACAGUAAAGAUUUUUAAAUGAAAGUUUUUUAUUAUUAAUAUUAUUUGAGUCUAGUCAAAUAAUAUAGGCAUCAUGUGUUGUCCCUUUUAAAUGAUACAUAAUCUCUGUCUCUUAAUAAGAUGUCUCACAGAACUGAUAUAAAUAUAUAUAUAAUUUAACUCAUCUUGUCUGGUCUUUUGAUAAUCUUUUCAUUUGAGCUCAGUGAAGCUGGCUGAUUGUAUAGCAUCAUGAUGAUAUUUCUGUUUAUACUUUAUGUACAGAAUUAAAGUUUAUUUAUUGA